AUGCAUUCACACAAGAUUAACAAGUUCAGGCUUUCCAUCGAAGAUUAUAAAAAGCUAAAUUCGGAUCUCAUUGCUAGAUAUAGGGAGCUAGAAAAAAGCAAAGCCAGCCUUGUAUCUAGUCUUAAUGCCAGAAUUGAGGAAUUGGAAGCGCUCAAAGAAGAAAAAACCGGCCUCAUAACUGAACUCAAUCUCAGGCUCGAAGAGUUGGAGAAAAAAAAUAAAACCGAUGCCACCAACUUCGUGGCCGAGAACACAAAACUUAAAUCUGAGUUAACAAAACUUAGGCAAGACUUCGAGGACUAUAAACUAUUGAAAAGCAAUGACCUGGGUCUACAAACUCGAGUCAUUACUAAUAUGCAAGAUAUUUCUUCAGUUGGAGGUAUCAUAGUACCGAUCAGCGAUACCACGGAAGAUAUUCCCUCUCCCGAUAAUUUGCUAGCAAAUCAGCACCAGCAUAGACGUUUUCUAUUCGACGAAAUGAUAGAAAGAAACCGAGAAAAAAAACUUCAAGCUCAGGCCACUGACACUAGAUCCGAAGAGGAAUCCCUUAUAUAUGAUAUAUUUGAUUUUACUAUGGAUGCAGAUGAGAAAGAUCACAUGACCGAAAUUUCCGUGACUCAGGUCACGGAAAAUACCGAUGAGAAAAAUUCCGUAGAAACUCUAUCUAAAAAACAGAAUAACCACGCGAAUUUUCGCGACAAAGUAUUGGAGCAAUACCCUGAUGUAUUUUACGAAUAUAGCGAUGGAAAUAAUGAUUAUUACGGAAUUACUUAUGAGGCAUCGUGUCCGAUAUGUAAGUUAUUCCAUGAAGAUGAGAAAGGUAUAAAAGGUAAAAAUAAGAGCGGGUCCUAUUUCAUUAAAUGUGAAGAGCAUGGAAUUAAAAUCGAGGUAGGUGAACUCUCUCAAAGCGAAGAAAAGGAAAGUGAUAGCA